AUUAUCAAAAUGUACACUCGGCUAGUUACAGUUUUAAUAUUUUACUUGAACCUUAAAAAAAUCAAAGCAGAUGAACUGGAAGUUUGUAUGGAUACACUGGGUUGCAUUGAGGGUACAUAUAAACCAGGGAGUGAAGUGCAACAGUAUGAAGCCUUCUUGGGUAUACCUUACGCCAAGCCGCCAAUUGGUGAACUAAGAUUCAAGAGCCCGGUACCAGUUGAGCCGUGGAAAGGUAAACUACUGGCAAAAACGCUGCAAGCAGAUUGUAUACAAAAGAAUUACUUCUUAUCUCCAGCCGUUGUGAGUGGCGAAGAGGACUGUCUGUAUUUAAAUGUCUAUCGUCCCGCACUACGAUCUGCUGACAAACUACCCGUUUUGUUUUAUAUACACGGCGGUGGAUUCUUUACUGGCUCCCCGGGUCUGCUCUUUUAUGGUCCUGAAUAUUUUAUGGAUACGAAUGAGACUAUACUGGUAAUACCGGGCUAUCGUUUGGGCCCAUUUGGGUUUCUCAGUACGGGCGAUGAGCAUAUGACCGGGAAUUUCGGAUUGAAGGAUCAGAAUUUAGCGCUCAAAUGGGUUCAAUCUCAUAUUUCUGCUUUCGGUGGUGACCCGUCGCGCGUUACUAUUUUCGGACAUAGCUCUGGCGGUGUAUUAACGCAUUUGCAUAUGCUUAGCUCGGCCUCAAAAGGUUUGUUUCGCAAUGCCAUUUCUAUUAGUGGCCUUGCAAUUUCGCCAUUUUCCAGACCAAUUGAUUCAAAGACACAAACUAUUAAAAUGGCCGUUGCUGUGGGAAUUACCAACGCUUCAAAAAUGUCUUCAAAAGAACUUGUCGAUGCGCUGCGUAAAAUCGAAUCGACGAAAUUGGUGGAAGCUUGCGAUGCCCUGAAAAUAUGGAAUGUCUAUCCAUUCAUAAAUUUUAGGCCUACAAUCGAAAAAGAAUCAUGGCCGCAACCAUUUUUAACUACUGAUAUCUUCAAAUUAUUCGAUAACAAGCCGCCCAAGACAGUACCGUGGAUUUCAGCUGUUUUACCAUCGAAAGGCGAAGGUACGGUUUUAGCGCUAAGACUUGCUGCAGAUCCGGCUUUGCAGGCUGAGUUCAAUGAGAAGUUUGAUGAAUUGUUUAAAGUGAUAUUAGAGUUUCCUGCUGUAGGGAAACCAGAAAAGGUUAAUGAAGCUUUACAACUUAUAGUGGCAGAGUACAUGGGGGGAAUUCAUGAGUUAAAUAAUGAUACCGUGACUGGUUUCUUAGAAAUUUUUGGCGAUGCUAAUUUUCAUUAUCCAUUCUACAAAACUAUGGUCGCCAAUGUGAACUCUGGUGCUGCAGCGCAAAGUCCUAUUAGACUUCUAACGUUCGAUUACCGUGGACCGUAUUCAUAUUCUACUCUCUUUUCGGGCACUAUGGAUAACUUUGGCACUGCGCAUAUUGAUGAUACCCUCUUCCUUUUCCGUGCACCAUUAAUUGCACCGAAAGGAUAUUUAAAAUCGUCGCCUGAGGUUAAAUUAGUUAAGAGUUAUGUGGGCCUGUAUGUGGAGUUCGCCAAAACUGGAAAUAUUGAAAUAUUUAAUGAAAUUAACUCUUGCACAAAAGAUACGUUGGCAGCUCAAGGUUUUUGUGAUUAUUUAUCAAUCGUCCAAGAAAAUGACCUUUUCCGGGCUAACAAUACCUGGAAUAUUAAGCGCAUGAAAUUGUGGGAGUCUGUAUACAAACUGGUCUACUGAGAGAGCCAAUGAUUUAAAUAUCCAUAAAAAUGUUAAGUUUGAUAUUGGUAUUUCAAGAGUAGCAGCAUAUGGGAUACUAGCUGCUAUGUUAACUUAUAUAAAACAUUAAAUAUCGUUAAAUGUAUGGAAAAUUGGAUGUAUGGAUAAUUAACAUACAGAUUCGCGAUUACCUUUAAUUUCCCUUCAAUAUAUUGGUACCUUCAAAUUUAUAAUCUUUCUCAAUUAUUAUGCAGAAUAACAGAAAAUAAAUCUGUAAUAUAAAUUUUUCGAAA